CUGCAAGGAUUCCCUGCCGCCAUCGCCUCGGCCCUCAGCAGCUGAGCUCCACGCUCUCAGCGACAGCAACGAGAACAUCACUGCUCUCUCCGUCAGUCGGUUCUCAAUUGCGAGUUAUUCUCACAUCCUUUGAGCAUGGGCUGUUGCAACUCCGACUGAUCGUCUUCAGCCGUCUUCUAUAGUUACCCAAAUUUCCGUCACCGGAAGGAAAUGCCGUCCGGAUCGGCAAAUGGACCGGGAGGCUGAACUUCCGGUACCUCCCGCCCAUGUGGCCACUAGGAAUUUCAUCCGUCGUCCAAUUACCAACCCGGAAACCACCUCUUCUUCCUCCUCCUCCUCCUCCGCCGAGCCGUCCCUUUUCCGGCAUGUUCAAGCUGCUUUCAAGCGCCACCGCUCCCUCGGUACAAUGCAGGCAGAUGGUAUCAGAGCCCAACGCGUGCAACGACAGCCAAUUAGAAAUUCAGCUGCCAAUGUGAUGCCCAGGAUCAGCACCGGCUCCCAUGAAUUCGCUUCACUGAGUCAGGAUCAAACUGCAGUUGAGAACCCAGAUGCGAGUGUUCGAGAAAUUCAGGAAGAUUUAUCAGUUGCAGCUCCUUCCAUUUCAGAAACCACAUCUAAACCUUUUGAUCAGAAUUUCAAGUCAAUAGAGGUACAGAGAGAACAGCCAAAACCUGCAGUUCGUUUUAAGGACUAUAGCUCGAGGCCCCUGUCAGCAUCUCAUGUGGAACCUAAACAUGAUAUUACGAAAAGAAGCGAACAAUUUGGUGCGACUAAGACCGGUACUACCCAGGAAGCCAAUGAUCAAGUGACCAAUGUAUUAGACAACUUGUCUUCUUACUCGAAUUCACUUGCAUUGACAGAAAUGGAAUGGGAUGUAGGCAAUCGAGUGGAAGUAUUGAAUGUUAGCCAUGAUGAACCCAUGCAUCUGAACUUUCAGAACCUGGAUUAUGAUGCCGGUGACAAGUCUGAUGCUGCCUUAUCUUUUUCGUCAAACGCAGCAACUGUUAUCAAGGAUCAAUCGCAUCAAUGGAGAAACUUUUUAAGCCAACCGGCCACUCAAUCUUCAGUUGUAGGUACAACAUGUGCCACCACAACAUUUGUUCAUUCUACUUCAGCGCCAAAGCCAAACUCGACAACCUACAGUUCACAGACACUUCUAGAUUGUGGUUCUCAUGUGCCAAUUGAACCCCUGAGAGAAGGUCAUAUGAAUUCUCUGCGUGCAGUUGAAGCAAAUUUGGAGGAUUCCUCAAAUUCCUUGGUGAAGGGCACAAGUAGGAUGUUAAUUGACAAUGCAGCCAUUUCUGUCCAAUCUUCUAGUUGUGUCACAGACGCAAAAGUUGAGGAACACCAGCUGCAUCAGGGUCAACAGAAGGCCCAAAAGGAAAGUGGGGUUCUGGGUAAUCCUAUUCAUGUUGGUGAAAAGGUGGGACAAUCAUCUGGUUCUGUUGCUAAUGAACACUUUGAGAGCCAGAUUUCUACAAAUCCUUCAUUAGAUGUAAAGCUGGAGAAAACUGGAAAUCAAGAAAAGGUUACUAGCCGCACGGGCACAUCAGGUCAUCGUAAGAGAAAUAAUGACCCUGAAGCAUUCUUUGUAGUUAAUGGUACCCGCUAUCAGAAACUUGGUAAGAUUGGUAGUGGUGGAAGCAGUGAGGUUCACAAAGUAAUUUCUGCUGAUUGUGCAAUCUAUGCACUUAAGAAAAUCAAACUGAGGGGACGUGAUUAUGCAACAGCGUAUGGGUUUUGUCAGGAAAUUGAGUACCUAAAUAAGCUGAAGGGAAAGAACAACAUCAUACAGCUGAUAAACUAUGAGGUGACAGAUAAGAAAUUGCUACAGGACGUGGUCAAUGGUUCCAUCAGUAACAAAGAUGGCAAAGUCAAGGAUGAUGCAUGUAUAUAUAUGGUUCUUGAGUAUGGGGAAAUUGACUUGGCUCACAUGCUGUCCCAGAAAUGGAAGGAAAUGGAUGGUUCAAAUCAGACUAUAGAUCAUAAUUGGCUUAGAUUUUACUGGCAGCAAAUACUUCUUGCUGUUAAAACCAUCCAUGAUGAGCGUAUAGUGCAUUCUGACCUGAAGCCAGCCAAUUUCCUUCUUGUUAAAGGUUCUCUAAAGUUGAUUGAUUUUGGCAUUGCCAAAGUAAUCAUGAGUGAUACAACCAACAUCCAGAGGGACUCUCAGGUAGGUACUCUCAGCUACAUGUCCCCGGAGGCAUUCCUGUGCAACGAGUUAGACUCAAACGGAAACGUCAUAAAGUGCGGUCGAUCAUCAGACAUUUGGUCACUCGGCUGCAUUCUGUACCAGAUGGUAUACGGGAGAACGCCCUUUUCCCAGUACACAGCCUUCUGGUCCAAACUGAAAGUCAUCACCGACCCGAAUCAUCAGAUAACUUAUGAACCCGUCUCCAAUCCUUGGCUGCUCGACCUCAUGAAGAAGUGUCUCACUUGGGAUCGAGACAAAAGGUGGAGGAUCCCUCAGCUACUUCAACACCCCUUCCUUGCUCCCCCACCAGCUCCUGCUGCUGCUCCGCAGCCUUCACUGUCCGAGCAACAAGGCUUCAAGCUGCUUCAACUCGUCGCUGAAGCGUGUUCAGGCGACCACGAGGCAACUACGUUCUGCAGUGAACUCCAGCAGCUGCUGAGUGCUCCAGUGGCUCCUGAGUUGUUGACAUCACGGGUUCAGCAGCGUAGGGUGCUUGGAGACAUGACCAGGCUUUGCGGUAAGAUUGAGGGAUGUUUGAUGAAACUGGAGAAAUAGUAAAGGUUUGGAGUUUUUUUUUUGUUGUUGUCCUGUUGUAUAUGGAAGUGAGAAGGCAAAGUGUAUUUUGUGAUGGCUUACCAUCAAGUCUAUCUAUCUUCUCCGUUUGCUUGUGAUUUUUUGUAAAUGUAUAUGACUACCUCUACGAGGCUUUUCUGUUUUCUGGUUCCCUUCUUUUGCAUCGUGUUCUU